UGUAGCUCCAGGGCGCUUUGGUUAAACUGGUGCUAGCGAGUGCGCAAAGGCUGCGUGCUGCCAGCUCUCUGAAAACUUUGUGUGCUUGAUUUAAAAGCUUUUAAAGCACCUUGUAGCUGCUGCUUCUCACUGAAACACUUCUGGUUUGCGUUAGAUAAAGCUCUUAAGCGUUAAAGAAUAAAGAAAGCCAAUGGCAAUUUUACUUGGACUUGGUCACUGGUACAGAAGAACUGGCUGCAAGAUGGAGCUGCCUGGCCUUGCUUUUGCUGUUUGGCUAUCUAUUUGCUUCUGUGCAUCUGUGGAUGGCUAUCCAAAUGGAAAAGUAAGACAAGUCUGUGCUAGUAUGAUCCCCUGUCAUGGUGCUUCUCCACAGCUGCCACCUGAGCACACCAUUACAGUCAAUGUGACUGAGUUUAAACCAGGUGACAACAUAGAAGUUAAUCUGUCUGGACCAGAUUUUGAAGGGUUUUUCAUACAAGCCCGGGAUGCAGAACACCUGGACAGCCCUGCAGUUGGCUCUUUCACGUUAGCUGACAGGAGACUUUCUCAGCUUCUGACCUGUGGCCAUACCAAGAAUUCAGCUGUCAGCCACACAAGUAAAACGAAAAAGAAGCACAUAAGAGUGUAUUGGAUUGCUCCUGGAGAUGCACCGAAUCGUGUCCAGUUCCUAGCCACAGUUGUGAAGAAAUACAAGACUUUCUGGGUGAAGAUUCCUGGUCCCAUUGUAUCUCAGCCUAAUGCACUGUCCCCAACAACAGAGGCUGUACCAACCUCACUCCCAGUUUCCCACUUAUCCAAGCCAUUUAAUGCAUCAGGCUGUGGAAGUACAAAGUUCUGUAUCAGGAACCCUUCAAACUGUGAUGCUGCAAGUGCUUCCUGUUUUUUCCUAUCCUUCCAACGAGAGGGGAGCUCAGUGUUGAUAGAAAUGAGUGGUCCAAGUGAAGGAUACAUUGCAUUUGCAUUGUCUCAUGACCAGUGGAUGGGUGGUGACGAUGCCUACCUGUGUGUUAACGAGGACCACCGCGUUCGCGUCAGCGCUGCCUCUCUAAAGGGUCGAAGUUCUCCUCUUUGGGACUCGGAGGAUGCCCUCGAAGAUGUGUCAUGGAGGCUUGCAGAUGGUGUCCUUCAAUGUUCUUUCAGGAGGAGUAUUCUUCUUCCUGCUUAUAAAGGGAGAUUUAAUCUGGAUGCUAAUUAUUACAUCUUCCUGGCAGAUGGGGAAGCAAGUGAAGGUGGACUAAUAUACAAACAUCAUCGUCAGCCCCUGAUCACAAAUGGAGCGUACAAUGUCACAGGCCUCCCUCAGGAUAUUGGAGGUUCCAGGUCUCCACGACUCAUCAAGGCUCAUGGAGCACUGAUGUUUGUUGCUUGGAUUACCACAGUUAGCAUUGGUGUGAUUGUUGCACGAUUCUUCAAACCUGUCUGGUCUCAUUCAUUCCUGUUUGGAAAGGAGAUGUGGUUUCAGGUGCAUCGUACGCUUAUGUUGACCACAGUCAUGCUCACAAGCAUUGCUUUUGUGUUGCCAUUCAUAUACCGAGGAGGUUGGAGCCAGCAAGCAGGUUACCAUCCCUAUCUUGGCUGUACUGUGAUGGCUUUGACGAUCGUCCAACCACUAAUGGCAGGUUUCAGACCAUCUCGUCAUGCACCAAGGAGGCAGUUGUUUAACUGGUUUCACUGGAGUACUGGUACCUCAGCUAGAAUACUAGCUGUGGUGACUAUGUUCUUGGGAAUGGAUCUGCCAGCACUUGACCUACCAGACCCAUGGGACACCUAUACAAUGAUUGGGUUUGUAGUUUGGCAUGUUGGUGUUGAUGUCCUUCUGGAAGUACACAGCUACUGGCUCGUACGUAAAGUUGAGCUGGUAGAGGAUGACAGAGUACAGAUACUGCAGUCCCUCACAUCUGCAGAAGCAGAGGGUCGUCAGUUCAAACAGGUUGUGUUGGCCAUCUAUGUCUGUGGAAAUAUAGGAUUCCUCACUGCCUUCCUGGCAGCUAUCAGCCAAAUAUGAAAUAAGUCAUUAGGAAUUUUGUGAUGGCAAUAUUGGUUGCAGCUGAAAAACCUCCCAGGAGCACUUUCUGUUACAACUUUUGCCUCAACACCUCUGUGAAAAUGUAACUGAGGGAUAACAGCAGAUGUGUCAUGUGUGGUGUUAGGGGGAACUCAUAUCCAAAUGAUAGGAGGAUGCUGCAGUCCUGCAAAAGCUGCCUUCUGAUGGGACUUUUAAUGGGGUUCUUUGCCUGAGUAAGGAAUGAAGUCUCUGUUGUUGUUUGUUUUUUGUUUUUUUUUUUUAAUAGAGUAAUUGAGUAGAUGGAAGUUUAUAGGUUAAGAAGAUGUGCUGAAAAUGCUUUGAUAGUCAGUUCUCUAAAACUUUUUUGACGACUGUUGGGAAAAUUGGAAGAUCCAGAAUCCAUCAUACCUGUUCACUUCACUGUGUUCUAGUGGCAUGUGAUGUUAGAGCUACCUGUCUGUGACAGUUUUAUGCAUAAAGCCCCAAACAAAAAACCCCAACCAAAACUAAAUGGAAAAACUAUCACAAGCUCAGAUUGAUUCAUAAGCCAAAUGCUGUUGUCUAUCUUUGCAGCCAAAUGCAAAAAAUACUCUCUCUGCUCUAGGAGCAGUUAGAAGGGUUUUGGUGACUUGACUGAAACCACCACUUGCCUCACUCAAAUACUGUUUUGUCCCAUCCCUCUCAGUGCUUCUAAAACCAUAAGGAAAAAGCCCUGUUUGCAAUAUGUAAGUGCAUUAAAACCAGUUGGACUUGUACAAAACUCAAAGAGGGAAAACCUACCUGUGUGUAUGGGUUUCUUUCUGUGUUUUGCUGUCUCUGUCUGCUGGUGGAUUCUGAAUUACCUUGUGUGAAUAAGAUGGAUUUAGGCCACUCUGUGCUGAAGUGAAAAUAGUUGCUCAGGGAUGUUGCAGCUGUAUUUGCACUAUUGAGCAAAAGGUAGGUUACAGGUUGGUUUGAUUUCAGGAAGGAGCUUCUGCUCAUGUGAAAUGAGAGUUCCCUGAGUUGAGUUGGCAGAUCUAGAACACUCUUUAUAAGAAGCAUUAUUGUGUUUUUUAGUCAACAGAAGACUUCUCUGAGUACAUUAAUUAGGCACAGGGAAUGGAAAGAGACCAUUGUCUAACUUUUCUAGGUUUGCUUAAGAUAGGAAGGACACUCUGGAAAUGGCAUCUUGGAAAUUAACCUUUAAUAUGUCAGGCAGUACUGUGAUUUGCAUUUGGGUUUUGUAGUUUUUCAUCACUUCUUCAUUGCUGAUACUGCAAAGUACUGGUUUUUAUUUUUAUUUUUAAUCAUGCACUUCAUAAUAUAUCUUCAUCUUAGGGCUAACUAAGCUGGCUGGAAAUAAAGGUGCUGGAGGAAUUGGAGAGAACAGUAAAUAGUGAAGCCUGGCUUGGUGUAGACCACUAUAGCAACAUGUUUCUACUACCUCAUGUCCAGCUCUAAAGUACUUGGAUGUGUGUGAGUCAGGUAGUGACUCUCUCCAUUUGCUAAAGCUAUCUGUUUCUGUUUAUUCCUCCAUCUCCCCCAAAUCCCCAAUACAGCCUGUUGCAGGGAUAAGUCAUUCUGAAAGGAAGUUGUAGUCUGAUCUUCUUUUUGCCUACUCAAGUACUCAUUUUACCCACAGAACUAGGCUUAGUCCCUUUGUCAGAUGCAUCAGAGUGGGAGUGAGUGAGGGCUGAGUUGCCCUACUGCCUCCUGACAGGGCUUGUGCUGAUUGGGAAGGGACAGCUAGGAAGAGCUAUGGCAAAACCCAGGUUGAAGGGUAAGAGAGAGAUUGCUGAUUGUGUGCAUUUGUGGUGUUUUUAGAGAAUUCUGGUCUCAAAAGCCUGGCAGUCACAGGCCCUUCAAGUGCUGAACUUGUGGACGGAUUUUUUUGGUAUGCCAUGAGUUUAUACAAGAAAAAUCUCUCAACUGGCUUUUAAAUUCAAGUGAAUGCUGAGUGCUUUCUGUACCACAAGAGCUGUACUCUGUGUUGUUCCUUUUGCAUGUGACAAUGAACACAGGGUUUUUAAAAUGUGAAUGUAAAUAU